UGCACAGGGUGGAGUUCAGCUCUGGAAGUGCAGUAUAUACAAAGGCUGACUGCUGCAGACCUUAUGGUGACGGCUACACCUGGCGAUUUACCAUGGCUUCAGACUUAGUGACCAGCUUCCUUCUGUGCACCGUUGUUAUGUUGAUUGUGAAGAUCUUAAUGGGCUUUUCAAAAAGGAAGAUUUAUAAUUUUCCUCCAGGACCGACCCCGUUCCCCAUUAUUGGUAACCUGCAUUUACUGGAUGUAGAUAGGCAAGACUUAUCUUUUAUGGAGCUUGCAAAGAAAUAUGGUCCAGUCUUCACUUUCCAUCUUGGGCCUUUAAAAGCAGUGGUUCUGGUUGGGUAUGAAGCCAAUAAAGAUGCUCUGCUCGGGGCCAGCUAUGAUUUUGGAAAUCGUGCUCCAAUCCCUAUUGCUGACAACUUUCAGAAGAAUCAUGGAGUUUUCUUCAGUAAUGAUGAGAUAUGGAAGGUAACCCGAAGAUUUAUGCUCUCCAUACUAAGAGAUCUUGGCAUGGGGAAGAAACCCAUUGAAGGCAGAAUUAUUGAGGAGCUACAGUUUCUGAAUAAGGAAAUUCAGUCUUAUAAUGGUAAACCUUUUCAUAAGAAAGUGUUAUAUCUGGCUGCCCCUAACAUAACUUUUGGAAUGUUAUUUGGGAGACGAUUUGACUAUAACAACCCAACGUUUCAGAAGUUCAUAACCAUCAUGGAUGAUAUUGUAGUCAAUACUGGUACUCCAGGUGCAAAGUACUACAGUGUCUUCCCAAUACUGAGAUGUUUCUUGAAACAACCCGGUCUUGUCAUGGACAGGAUUAGUCAACUAAAUGAAAUUUUAAGAGUUCUUUUCAAGGAAGCGAAAGAAGCUAAAUAUGAAGACUCGUUUAGGACGUACGCAGAAGCUUUCCUGCAGAAACAUGAAAUGGAAAAAGUAACAGAUGGAGAACAGAGAAUCUUUACAGAAAAGAACUUCUUGGCUUCUGCCUUUGAUCUCAUGCUUGGUGGGACAGAGACCACGUCCACCACAUUACAGUGGGCUAUUCUGCUCAUGAUGAAAUAUCCUCAUAUACAGAAAAAAGCUCAAGAUGAAAUUGAAAAUGUGAUAGGUCUUGAGCGUCCUCCUAGAUGGGAUGACCAGAAAGUCCUUCCGUACUGCUUGGCUGUAGCCCAUGAAGUUCAGCGCUGUGCCAACAUUUUACAGUAUUUACCACAUACCACACCUACAGACGUCCAUUUCAAAGACUAUUUUAUACCAAAGGGAACUACAGUGAUCCCUCUCUUGUCAUCGGUUCUCAACGACGAAACCCAGUGGGAGACCCCCAGCCAAUUUAACCCCAAUCACUUCUUGGAUGCUGAUGGAAAAUUCCUGAAAAAAGAUGCAUUCUAUGCAUUCUCCAAAGGGCGCAGAGUGUGUGUUGGAGAAAGCCUUGGCAGAAUGGAAGUAUUUCUUUUCAUCACUGGAUUACUGCAGAAGUUCACAUUCACACCCCCUCCGGGAGUGAGCACAGAGGACUUGGACCUCACUCCAGAAGUAGUCUUCACCAUGAGAACCAAGAACUACCACGUCUGCGCAACUCCCAGGAACUAAGCAGAUUCCAUUUGUACUUGUACCUUGAAGAUGCUCCCCUUGCAAUCCGGUAGUAGGUAUAAAGGCCACAUAGAUCUCAAUGCUCCACCACCGGGCACUUACCCAACUGAUACAAUAUCAAAACAAGAUAAGCUCUUUCUUGGCACUUAUGCUGAGUGUUUUCAAAUAAGAGUUCGAUCUUUUAUAUUAUGGUUAUAAAAAAAAGGUAAGUGAACCUGUAUUUCCACCAGCAUAAAAAUGCAUUAUGUAUUUUAAUGCAAUGCUUGGAUCUAAAUUGAAUGAAAAUAUUAAGUCAAGCACGAAAAUGUCAUUUCUGUCAUCAAUAGGGUGAAAUGCAUGUCCAUACGUUCAGGUAUCUUUAGACUUUGUAGAUAGCUCCCACAAUGAAAAUGUCUGUAUGUCAUUGCUCUACACUGGAGUCUGAGCAACAUAGCAUCUUCCUUCAAGUCUCUUGAAAGUCUUAAAUGCCAUGCCGCUUCAGACACUAAUAUUGUAACCCACAUUUUGCUUAAAGCUUUCUCCAGGGAAGGAUCAAGGGCAUCAUUAAAUGAAUAGAACAAACUUCAGCCAGUCAUACAGUAUCACAAUGGAAGGAAAUAGAAGGAGUGUCAACAUGGGUGGGAAUAGGACAACCUGUAGCCAGUGAGAUGUUUACAACAGUGGAAGUAGUAGUUGCAUCCAUGUUGUCUGAAGGGUCCAAAGGUGGCUUUGCCACAGAAGAAGACACCAGUGUUAUAAAUAGGAAAACGACGGGGGGGCUUUUAAAGAUAGAAAGAGGGAUUUUAGAAGAGUAGAAAUUAAUACAUUUGAAAGGGUUUGGAAACCUUGGAUUAAAUCCUCUGGCUUUGCCUCCCAGGAUAUCCAGGUACUGCUUGGGCCUAGUACAGUUUGCAAUCAAUGUCUGCUUUUUUCCCCAUUCCGUGAGACUAGAGCAAGUUUGGGUGAUUGGUGGUUCCAUGUA